AUGACUUGUCCUUCACGCACUUAUCCCCUUCGUCAACCAAAGAACCACAAACCUCCCAUCCCGCGAUGGCAACUGGUCCUACCUGAAGAUGUCGACCACCUCUUCACAGCUUACGUCGGCGUGCAGCCUCAUUCUGAUGUAAGUGAGGGUUCCGAAGCUGUCAAAGAAGCAAUUGCAAGCAUCCAAGCAUGGCUUGACAGCGAUAGCGACCGGCCUUUGGCAAAUGAAUGCUUCAAUCAUCUUGAUGGAGAUGAUGCUCCGAAUACUACUCUCUGGGUAUGCUACUGGAUUGAUGAAGCCAAAGGCAAGCGCAGCUUGCAGCGACUUGGUAUUAGAUCUGUUUAUUCUCGACUGUCUCCCAGUCAACAGAGCUCGCUGGGUCUAUGGACGGAGAGCUUCGUGACACCAAUUUCACGGCUGGAGACCAACUACUCUGGUCUUGACUAUCUGCCCGGUCUGGCCAAGCUACCAGACACGAAUACGGCGGAGCACAAGCUCUCAGCCUAUUGGGGUGCUGCAAGAGACCGAAUUCCGGACUCCGCUCAUGACCUCUUCGAGCAAGACGAUGCAGCUCAGAAAUCCAGGCCGAAUACUGUGCCAAAAGGCCUGGGGCAAUAUUUGACAGGGACUAAUUACGACAAUAUGGUGCAUAUUCGGUCUGGUCAGUUCUGGGAAAACUGCGGACCAGAGGAGACGGAUUCAUACGAAAACAAUCUCGAGCCAACGCUACGAGGAGGGUUGGCGUACCUAUGGAAUAACCGCGAGGAAGGCGGUGCCAUUGGGCUCAGAUACCUUGGCAACCGUGACGAUACAGGUCAAACGAAAAAAGAGACUUGUGGUGCCGGAUUCUUUACUAGUCUACACACUCUAGAAGAGUGGGCUAAAAGACAUCGCUCGCAUCUUGCUAUAUACCUUGGUGCUAUCAAGCAUGCGAAGACAUUUGGCGAGGAGAGAAAGUUUCGGACGUGGCAUGAAGUCUCGGUACUCAAGAGGGGCGAGGCUUCCUUCGAGUAUGUCAACUGCCUACCGACGACUGGGGUAAUUCAAUUUGUAUCUCUGGAACUUGUAUCCAAAUUGGGUUAA